AUGCGGGAGGGCUUGAUCAAAGAGGCCAGAACGGAGAUGAUCUCACUGGAUGAGGUAAUAAGAUUAUCGGCCGCAACUCAAGAGCUCCCUAGAUCAGUCAUCUGCAAUGUCCAUGGAGUAAAUCCGAGAUUUCUCGAUAUCGGCUUGAAAAAACGAGAGCAGCAGCAAAAUGGAGACCGGGCGUUUACAGAAGGUGCAUACUAUAUUGGGAAGAUGGUUUGGAGCAAAGGAUACAAGGAACUGCUUAAACUACUGCGUGAUAACCAGAAGGAACUAACCGGGCUUGAAGUCGACUUAUAUGGCACUGGUGAGGACUCUGACCAAGUUGAGGCAGCUGCGAAAAAGCUGGAGAUAAUGGUCAAUGUCCACCCGGGACGUGAUCAUGCUGAUCCUUUGUUUCACGAGUAUAAAGUGUUCUUGAACCCGAGCACAACAGAUGUGGCGGCCACCGAGAGGUUCCUAAAACACGCGCAGCUGAGCAAGAACGGAGGAGCCGAGGUAAGGAAAAUGACGAAAACCCCCUCCAAGAUAUUCAUGUCGACUUCCCUUAGCUUGAAGAGGAACCUCGAGGACGUGUCUGCAUUGGUGCACUUCGUAGGGACUGCUUUCCUGACGAAGCUGCCGGAUGACGAGCAGCGUGAGGAGGUGGGCCUGCCGGCCGAGCCGUUGAAAGGACAGUCUCACCCUUCUAGGAAAUGGGCCUUCUGA